AUGAGAAAGGGUUUGUGGGAGUUGAUCACUGAGAGGUUUCCCUCACACAUCACAACCCUUACCAAUGGCAAUUAUUUUUGUGUUGAUGGUCAUGACGGCCAUCUUCAUUGGCUUGGUUGUAUUGGUGAGAAGUAUGAGUCAGAAAGGAUAGUGGCAUUUGAUUUGGGUUCAGAGACAUUCCGUGAGAUACGUCUUCCAGAUUUUAUACUUGAUGAUAACCGUCAAAAUAGUUUAGGAGUUUUGGCUGAAAAGCUCUGUGUGAUUACACAUGUUAGGGUUGAUGGUACUUGUGAUGUGUGGGUAAUGGAUAAGUAUGGGGUUGCUGAAUCAUGGGUGAAACGCUAUGUCUUUUCAAGGUUUAAUGAGUAUGCAUGUGUAUUUGGAUUCACAUCACGCAAUGAGUUUCUCUUUGAGGAGGACGAAUACCUUGUCUUGUAUGAUCCAAAUGCAAACACGCUGAAAUUGUUUGAACAUUAUUGUCCUCCAGAUUGUUGUAUACAAAACAUCGUGGAGUAUGUCGACAGUCUUGUUUGGGUAGCACCUGCCAAGUAUGAGAUGGUGGAUGAUGAUAGAGGAAAAAAUUGA